ACUAGACUUUUCACAAUGAAAUCUGUACUAAUCACUGGAGCGAACAGAGGCCUAGGUCUUGGUAUGGUGAAAUACCUCGCUAAACAUAACAAGGCCGAAAAUAUAUUCGCGACUUGUCGGACUGCAUCUGAGGAGCUAAAAAGUAUCGCCAAGGAGCACAAAAAUGUUCAAAUUUUACAUUUAGAAGCUGCAAAUACCGCAAACUUUGUUGAUUUGUCAUCACAAAUUUCUAAAGUAACCGGUAACCAAGGUUUAAACUUGCUUAUAAAUAACGCAGGAGUUAGCACAAAAUUUACUAAAUUAAAUCUAGUAAAAGCAGAACAAUUACUAGAAAACCUUACAAUCAACACGAUCGCGCCAAUAAUGCUGACUAAGGCUCUUCUUCCGCUUUUGAAACAAGCAGCUGAUCUGAAUAAAGACAAGCCCGUCAGUGCAUACAGAGCAGCCGUUAUAAAUAUGAGUUCUGUGCUUGGAUCCAUUGCCCAGAACGACCAAGGAGGCUUCUACCCUUAUAGAUGUUCCAAGGCAGCAUUAAAUGCAGCGACAAAAUCAAUGAGUAUUGAUCUGAAAAAAGAUCAAAUUCUUGUUGCUUCAAUGCACCCGGGCUGGGUGAAGACCGAUAUGGGUGGAAAAAAUGCACCCCUAGACGUUGAAACGAGUGUAAGUGGUAUAUUCAACACCGUGGACAAGCUCGGAGAGUCAGAUAGUGGAAAGUUUUUACAAUACGACGGAACAGAACUACCAUGGUAAACCAUUAAACUAAAUCACAAAAUAAUAUUGUUAUUUUUAAGGGAAGGUUUGAUAUGAAAUAAAAAAAUGUUAAUAGUAGCUA